AUGUUGCGUUUUGGCGCUUGUGUUGCACCUUCUGGCUCUGUUUGCUGUGGUGUUCCUGUUUGUGCUGGUUCUGUGAAAACUGGCAUUAUUACCCCCGAUCAGUCUCGCCCGAUGACUGACAGGGAUUUUAAUAAGUUCACGCUGAAUGAUAUUGCAUUCUUGCGUGCUACUCUUUUUUCUGAUCCUCUACAUCGUUCGGACCUUCUGGCGAUCUGUACUGCGAUUCUCACGAUCGCGGGAGUUUUGUUGAUGCAGUCUUGCAGCACUACUAAAGCUACUAUCAUGUCUGCUCGUGAUGCUGCCAGUACUACCAUUACUAUUACUACAGCUAACCCCGUUUCUGCUGAUACGAAAGUAGAUGCUAACGGUACUAUUAACCCUAUUAAGUGA